AUGCAGUUGUUCAGUCUUCUGGCUGUGCUAGCCUCCGCCACCGCUAUCAAUCAGUGUGAUACCGCAUCAAAAGGUGGCGAGUGCCGGAAGCCAAGUGGACACUAUGGACCGGCCUUCCUGCAGUUCAAGAGUCUAGUGAAGCAGACGGCCGGCUGCCAAGGGGACGACGGGACCCUUUGCAAGCCUGAAGUGUCGAAAUGUGCGCCUUUCUCUGAAUGGCCGGAUGUGGACAAUGGUGUCACCUGUGGGGGCUGCAAAGCGCUAGUGCUUGCGGCACCUUAUCAAGGCCGCUGCGACCGGUAUUGUGCCAGCUUCGGGCAUCGAUGCACCGCCGCUGCAGAAGAGAAGUCCGAGUCUUGCGAGGCUGAGGAGGAGAAGCGUUGCGAUGAGGAAAUCUCUGACACCUCGGACAUCCUUUGCACUUGCGAGCGCGAGGAUGGGGCUCCUAGCACCACUCCCGGGCCUGCCCCGGCCCCCCCGACAACCACCGCAGCUCCACCCUCCCCUCCAGCACCCCCAACGCCAGCUCCUCCGGCGGAGUGCUGGGUGGAGCUUCCAGACCUGGCUACGGAGGAAGGCACAAGCAUUGGGGAGGUGCCCAGGGGCUCAUCAGUGUCGGCGUGCCGCCGCCGCUGCGAUGAGAAUCCCGAGUGCAAAAGCAUCUCCUUCUGCCCAGAAUGGGGCUGCUGGUUGAAGGAUCGCAGCUUCACAGGUACAGAGCCAACUCGGGAGAAAGGGUCGUGCAAGACGCACUUCAAGACAUCCUGCGAUGCGACGACUACCACUACAGCAAGCUCCAAUCAAAAUGGCUACUUCAAGUUGCGUGUCGUCUCUUACAACAUCUAUUGGUGGAAUGCCUUCGGUCAGAAUCCAUGGAAGGGAGAGAGGAUUCUCAACAACAUCAAGGACAACCUUGUUCCCGAUGCUAUUGGCUUGCAGGAGUGUGACUCUCGCUCUCGGGUCGAAGAUGCGACCGGGCUCCAGCGCGCCUCGAAGUUUGCCGGGGCGCAGGGUGUGAUGGUGGACCCUUCCCGACUUCGCGUAGUGCCAGGCACGUCUGGUUCCGAGGACCUGCAGGCAACAGGUAAGUGGGGACCUAGACACGUCACCUUCGUCCAGCUCGCCGACACGACCACGGGAAGGACCUUCUGGAUUUUCAACACCCAUUGGUGCGUUGCCAACGGCAAUGGCCGAACUUGCAAUGAGGGCGUGCGCUACACUGGGGCUCGGAACAUGCUAAGGGUGAUUCAGUCGAAGGCCGGCAACUCCCCGGUAGUUGUGACUGGCGAUUUCAAUGCCGACAUGGACGAGGACGGCCCACAGCACUUCUUUAGGAACGGCUUCAAGCUAGCAGUCACUGAGUGGGUGGACGCCAUUUUCUAUACAGAGCAACACUGGAAGCUAGUUGCACAGGGUAAGGGUGACGCGGCACAGAGUGACCAUCGCCCAAUCUUUGCAGAGCUCGAGCCCCUGACUGUCAAAGAUGUCACAGUCGGAGGCAUCCCAGAUGGCGAGCCCUUAGGUGCUGGGUACCUGAGACUCUUCAGUAGCAAUCCAGCGAAGAUCUUUUGGGUCUCUGCCUCCGCUCUGACUGUAGUGCUUGGGCUUAUUGGCCUGGCGUCGGUGAUCAAUGCUGUCCAGAUGGAACUGGAGUUGGGAGGCCUCUGGGACCUCUUGGACAACAUGGAGUUCCUGCUGGGUGCCGCCGCCCUCGUCACAGUCAUUACUUUCCAGGUUACGGUCACCUUUCAGCGGCAGAAUCUUCACAUGGCCUUCCAAGCCAUGAAGGCGGUGGGCGAAGCCUCGAACGACGCGCCGUCGAUUCUCACAGAGCCCAUGAUUUCUGCCGGCCGCAAGGCGUUCUUGCUCAUCAACUUCGGCGUGGAGGAGUAUCCGGAUAAUCUGCCUUUUGGGGUGGUUGUCGCCUUCGCUUUCGUGGUUCAUGUAGUGAAAAGGAUGCGCUUCAUCGCCAUUCUACUACUUUAUCCAUGUCUUGCACAGAACCAGUGUGAGCUGAGCUACGAGGAGUCUGUGUCGCAGUGGGGGCAAGGCCUCCUACAGCAGAGCUACCAGGUCCGGGAGCGGGAAGAUAGACGACUCGCCUUCAGCAUCGUCGCUGAAGCUAAAGCUUCUGCUUCUGCAGAGAGGCCAGUGUUAUCGGCAUCUUGGAAGCUCGUCGACCGCAGCCGCUUUGGGACCCGGAUAGUGCACUUCCCAAGCUGGGUCUACGCAGGAGUCGCCGGAUUCUUCGUCCUCGUCUUUCUUCACGAAGUGUAUGUCUCCCGUGGCGGUGUUCCAAUCUGUCAGCCGCAAAAUCCAGAGAAGUCCAUUGCAUGUCAGCUGAUGAACUUAUGGACGAGCGCUUCGCCAUUUGUGGCCAUGUCAAUGCAAGUGCCUAUCUCCUUGGAUUUCGCUCUCUCCCUCCUCCAAUCAGCCACGUCCUCGGGGUUCUUCCUCAGCUGCGGUGUGAUCACCGGAGUCUUCGCUAUGGUUGCCGGGAAAAGACUCGUGGAUGAAGAGAACUGGGAUCAAUUUCGCGUGCGGCGGGUGCUGGUGGUUGUUCCCCUCAUCACCGCGGUAUUCAACUUUGCAUCCGCCAUAUUCAUUAACGAGACAGCAAGCAGCAGCCGGGUCUAUAUGAUCUGGUGGGUGAUGAUCGGUUUGUCUUGCGCAGGAUCCUUUGUCGCGCCCCUGUCAGUGAUUCCGGGCAUGAUCUUCUGGACGAAGAUUACGAAGUCCAAGAACCGAACGUUUUGGAUGAUCCUGAAACAGUGCGCCCGAAACCUGGGCAUGGUAGUUGGACCCGGGCUCUUUGCGCUACUACGCGCUUUUGUGACUGGUGGGGGCGAGCGAGUGAGUCCCCGCAGCAUGAUGGGAUGGGUGAACCUGCUACUUUUGGUUUUCUCCCUCAUCUCGGCCUCCUUCGGCGCCUUCGUGAUGCCGGCAAGGAAUUCUGACUAUCCUUCGAACUCGGAGGACAAGGACGAGAACGAGGAGGAUUCGGAGGACCUGGUCAUGAUCUCUGACGCCCACCUCGAGGCCAUGGGCGAGCCGGAGCGCGAGCAGGUGGUCUGGAAUAUGAUUUGGUACGCCUUCGAGCGGCCUUUCACCUUGGCAGCCGUAGAGGUGUCCACCAUCAUGAUGUUGGAGAUCUACUACGGUUGGGAUCCGUACAUCACCGGCAUUUACUUCACUGCGGUCUGCUCCCUGGGCAUCAUCAUGUCCGUUUUCACAACUGUUUCCUUGGUCAAAGGCUGGCUGACGGAGUCCUAUGUCUUCUUGGCCUCCGCAGCCUCGUCCAUCCUCGGCUGUCUGCUCCUCCUGGAAUUUGUUCCAACUCCGGGGUGGACGCUUUUGAUCGCGGACUGCAUUAUCUACACUGGCGCGACCGUUGCCAACGGUUUCGCCGAAGGCUGGGCCAGUCGCGCAGCUAAGGAGGGCACCAGCUUCAGCAAUGCGGAGUAUCGGUUGCGACAGCUGACGGCGGUCACGGCGAGCCGGUUCAUGGGUCCAAUCAUAGGCCGAUCUCUUGUCGACUACGGGGGCCGAAACGUUUAUGCGACAGUGCAACUGGCGAUGUGCAUACUGGGAACAAGGACGGUCUACAAGACAGUGGCCCUCAUCUGGAGCUGGAACCAAGCCCACCUUGGCAAGGACAUUGAGGUACCACCCCCCGCGGAGAAGCUUCUCAAGGGAGCGGAAGACCCCAGCAGCUUGAUGUUCUUCGUGUCCUGCUUCGACCGCGUCUCUACCGGAAAUGGCAGUUUCGAGAUCCACUACAAGGCUAAAGAGAUGUGGAUUCUCUUCGGCUUCGUCAUGUGCUUUGCCUGGGUCUACGAGUACAGCACGGCCAUGCGUAUCCUACAGCAAACGGGCGGCAAGCGCCCGAGCCGAGUCGUGCUGCCUGCUGGUGCAGAAGCGGCUGCACAAGCUUCACCAAAUCCAAAGCGGAAGACGAAGAAGUCGAUGUUCAGGCCCAGUGCGGCUCCCGAGAAGCCAAAAGAGGGCCACGAGCACGACAUGGUCUAUGCCGAUUUGCUCGACUUGGGAGUCACUGAUCGACCUGACGAAGAUCGAGUUGAGAACUCACCGCAUCCCCACUGCUCUUCCUGCUGGGCCCUCGUCGGGGGAGCGUAUUUCUACCGGGGUUUCAAAUGCCCGACUUGCGAAGAAGCUGGAACGCGGCACUUGCUUUGCUACAGGUGCGCAGAGGUCGUCUUCAACGACCUCGAUGAACUGGAGGAUGUGGAGUUCGACGUUCGCGACAAGUUCGAUUUCGAGGCCUACAACUCCUACUUGGAUGAGAGCUUCUGCCCGAGAUAUCGCACCCGUGGUCGUUGGUGGAUUCAGACGGCGCAGAAGCAUUUGCAGCCAGAGCACGAAGCCAGUUCCAAGUACCGGUGA